ACGCAACAUCUACAUUUGAAAAUGAUAGUGCUUAUCCAAAUGAAAAAUCACAAAGGUCAUUUGAGAAAAGCUAACCGUGAACUGGCUUAUUCCUGGCAAAUUCAUAUAUCAUUCCCCGCGCGGGGUACGGUAUACGUACGGUAAUUGAUUGCGGUCGCUAUGUAUUGUCCAUGUGCGCGUUUCGUUUCUAGGAUCAUCAAUGGCUACCAAAUAACGUCAAAAGUGGUGUAGACAAUUUAUUAAGGACUAUUUUCACCAUUUCCAGAGUAUUCUCAUGCAGGCUUAGCCUCCCGGUCGGUGUCCUUUGUUAAGCUGCUUAAACAAUUACAUGCUGAAGGUGAGAAUAUCAACCCAGCAGUGAGCAGCCUUUUUGAGCAUCUUUAGACUACCAUGGGUUGUGGAUCCUCCCAGAGCCUGCCCCUGGCACAGAACUACGAGGUCUCCUCUGUCUGGGAUGCUGUAUCAAGGACAGUGGAAGCCCAACGUUCCGGAGCUGACAAGCUCAUCGUCAGGCGAUCGGGAUGGAAGACAAUACGCAUCUUUGUUUCCUCGACCUUCAGGGACUUUCAUGCAGAGAGAGAACUCUUCAUCAAAGAGGUAUUUCCUGAGCUGAGGAUAUGGUGUGAGAAGAGAAGGCUCUACCUUGUAGAUUGUGAUUUGAGAUGGGGUGUCCCUAAAGAUACCACAUCAGAAGAAACUCUACGGACCUGCCUUAGUGAAAUCGACCGCUGCUACCAAGAUAACAUCAUGCCUUUCUUUCUUAAUCUCACAAGUGAGCGAUGUGGGUGGAUCCCGAAUCAGAUGGAGGUACCGGAGUCAGUGAUGCAGGAAUACAGAUGGAUUAUGGGAUUGUCGGUCACGGAGAUGGAGAUCAUGCAUGCAGCCUAUAGAAAAACAAAUCCUAACUCCAUAUUCUUCAUCAGAGAUUCUACAUUUUUGGAAUCACUCCCAGAGAAGUUCAAGAAAGACUUUGUUGAUGUCAAUCCGAUUGCUCCUGAGAAACUGAAUAUGCUUAAACAGAUGCUGAAAGAGAGAUUUGGGACAAAUCAGGUGCACUUCUAUGAAUGUCAGUAUAAUGGUAUCGGUGAUGAUGGACAGGUUGAGCUUUGUGGAAUGGAAUCACUUAGAGAUAAGGUGUUUGAGUUCUUCACCGAGCGCAUCUCUGAGCAGUACCCACUGGACGAUCGUCCAUUGGACCCUUACCAGCAGACUAAAGAGGCCCAUGAGUCCUUCAUGAAGAACAGAUGCGGUUGUGUUCUCGGAAGGACAGCCAUUCUGGAGCAGAUCAAGGACUAUGUGGUGACAACGUCGUCCAAUGCACCCCUGCUUCUCCUCGGCGGCCCGGGUACUGGGAAGUCCUCUAUCAUGGCCAAGGUGGCUGAGGUGUCGGUGACCAAAGCAGCGACCAGGGAGAUCCCAGGGUCUCCAGAUAUUGGAUGGCAUGUGUUCUAUCACUUUGUUGGAGCUGUCCCUGGAUCACCCAACCUGGAAUUGGCUCUCAAGAGAUUACUAAGGGAGAUAGGAGCAGUAAAGGAGAGUCAGAUGCCCAAGGAUUUAGAAGAGACUUGUCAGGUUACCUAUGCAGCUUUAUCUAAUCCUAAUACCAGACCUGUCAUCAUCAUCAUUGAUGCCCUUAAUCAGUUUGAUGAGAGCAAGGAAUCUACUGUCCUGACCUGGCUUCCAAACAAGCUAGCACCUCAGAUCCGUUGUAUAUUCUCCAUGAUUGACCAGACGCCUCAGCAUCAAACAUUAGAACUCAGAUCCAAUGCACCCCUAUCCAUCUUUGUCACACCACUUGAUAUGGAAUCUAGAGAGGCCAUUGUGAGGGAGACACUCGGAAACUACAACAAGAAACUUGACGAGGAACAGAUGGCUAACCUUUUGGGCAAGGAGUCUUCCCAGAAUCCUCUGUGGUUGUCCGUAGCCUGUGAAGAACUGAGAGUCUUUGGGCUCUUCUCCAAAGUUACAGAUAAGAUCAACAAGCUGGCAGAUGGUCUUCUCAAUCUUCUAGCCCAGGUUUUUGACCGGUUUGAAGAAGAGAACGGAGGUGAACUGCUGAUUGCUACCUUGUGCUUAUUGGAGUGUUCUAACACUGGACUCCUAGAAACAGAACUCUUGACCAUCCUUGGUGAUGAAGACAAUCUAAUGCCCAAGUCAAGCUGGUUUGAUUCUGGAGCAGGAGGAGAGAAGAAAGAUUCCAGAGAAAAGAAAGAGAAGGACAUUGGUCCUUUGUCAGCUCACAAGUGGGCCAGAGUCUUCCGUGCUCUCAAACCUUUCCUCAGGCCUUUUGGAGAGAGUGGUGAGGGGCGUCUUGACUUCUAUCAUCGAUCACUCAGCAAAGCUGUUAGGAAAAAAUACUUGAAGCUUGGGAACGGGGAAGAUGAUCAGAAGAAAUACACCUGGUGGCACACAAAACUGGCUAAUUUCUUUGAGAGGGUAACAUCUGUGGAGAGGAAAUGUGAGGAAUAUCCUUUCCAUCUGAGUGUGAUUAAAGAUGAGAGACGUCUAGCAACGUUCUUGUCUGACUGGCAAGUCUUUGAUGAGUUCUUCAUAUCUGAGUUCAGUACCGAUCUCCUGGCAUACUGGAGGAAGGCUGGUGGUCCAGAGAAGAUGGAGGAAUGUUACAGGAAAGCACUGGAAGAUCUCAACAACAACCCAGAUAUGGACAGAGAAGAAGUUGCUAUUCGUUAUGAGAAGGUUGCAAGGGUCCUAAUGCAGGCCAGUCAGCUGAAGUCUGGUUACUCAAUCUUAGAGACAGCCAUGCAGAUGGAGAUGGAUGAACUUGGGGCUAGGGAGGAGAGAAUGCUGGUUCUCUAUGAUCUGAUUGCCAGUUGGAACAAUGAGCUACUAACACUGCAUGACUUCAUUACAACAAAAAUGUUUCCCAACCUCCGUCCAUCGAUCUCUUACCGGCGCAAGUCCCUUGCUAUCAGCAAGAAGUUUGUUGACAGGGAUGAGUCCUUUAAGUUCAAACGUGCAUUCUCACUGAUGAAACUGGCAUUUAACCUUAAGACAUGGUAUGUGUUGAGAGGGGACAAUGAAAUGUCUGCUACUGAAGCUAUGGACCUGGGCUUUGCGAGUCUUAAGGAAGCCAAACAGCUUUUCACGGAGCUGAAUGACAAGGGACAUUUGGCUGAAUGUUUGAUGAAUGAAUCCCUCCUGGUUGGUGAAACAAAGCAAGUGGAUGCAUUAGAGAUUUUCAAGAAGGCUGAGGAGUUGUGCCUUGAGGCUUACGGAGAGAUGAGCGUCCUAUCUAGUCGACUCUUCACCAACAUGGGAAUCCUACUGGAAGAGAUGGGUCUCAAGGAUGAAGCAUAUGAUUACUUCGUCAGGAGCAGGGAGAUCAAAGUAGCUGUGUUUGGGGCUGAGCAUCCUCAGACUCAGCGACUGGAUAGAGUACUGGCAGAGGAUGAUUAUGCUGCAAUUGCAAGACGCAGAAAGACCAUAGAUGAGAACUAUUAGAUAUACCAGUAAGGUUGUUCUCAGUCGUCACAGUUCAUGACUCAACUCUCUUUCAACCAUUAGCCUUACACCCAUGCAAGAAUGAUCACAGAUAGAUAAAGGUACAUGCUGCAUCUCCAUUCAAUAGCCCCUGAUCAAAAUUUAGUCACUUUCAAGGGGCAGUUCAACCGAUGGAAAGUUGAUUUUGAUAACAGAGUUUGAUUUUGUGAAGUCACAGAUGAAAGCUCCUCCAUAUGUCAUGUAAUGAUAAUUCGCCAAAAUACAAUUUUCUCAAGAAAUUGAAUGUAAUUUUGUUUGUCCAAUGGAUAUACCAUCAGACGCAACUAUUUUCCCUUCAAUAAGAAAGAUAUUUUCAUUAAUAAUAAAUUUGUUAAAGGAUUGGAAUUCAUAAAAUUUGUGAUACAUAAUAUGAGGAAGCAUACAACAUAUUCAAAACUUCAACAAUCCAUGAUUCUCUUAUUCUUUAAUGAAUAUUCAUCAAUCCUUCACCAAAUAAUUUUCUACAUGUCUGCUUUUAUUAAAACCAACAGUAUCAUGUUUGAACUUCCCAUUUAAAAGUUACUUUGUUAUGGAUGUCAACAAACUGCAUUAGCUAUCCAUGUAUGUCAUUAUCCUGACAAUAUGUAAAAGACACAGUGCAAGAUUCCAAGGCUACAUGCAGGUCAAAAGAUAGAUGGCAUAAUUGAUUUUAAAAUUUUAUAUUCAAACGGAUGACCGAGCAGUACAUCAAACAUCAUUUGCGCUUUUCACUUGUGUCGGGUAUCGUUAGUGGAAAGAGGUGUUAUUACUGCUGCAUAAUGCACACGAGGUGCAUUGAUUAACUUGGAUGGGAUGGAAUCGGAUUGGGGUAUUAACAAUUAUGACCUUGUCCCUUUCCUUCUUAAUUUUAUCAGGGAUAAUGUAAAGAUUGAAUAGAUGCACUAUUCAGACAACUGUGAUGUUUGAAAUAUUGUGUCAUAUCAGAAUUCUAUGUUGUUAAAGUGAAGUUUGAUGUUUUUCAUUAUAUACUGGAUGUCUUAAGCUUAAGUGGAGACUAAAUGUGAAAGAAUUGGUUUUGUUCUGAUUUUGUCCAUUCUGUGGAUUCAGUUCAAAGUAACAAUGUUAGGUUUGAAUUGAUCUUUUAGUCUGUGGAACAAAUCCAUUGAAACAAAAAUUGCAAUGUGUAAAGAAACUCUUAGUGUUAUUUUACAGCUUUAUAUAAUAAAGAAAGAGACAUUGCAGACUCUACACCUAUUGAUGUUCGAAUAUUAUGCAAAUAAAGUUCUCUCAACAUAUACCUAAUUGAGCUACCUAUUAUUUAACAUUUUUUUUUCAUUUUGGGAUUUUUUUAUUAAGUUAUUCAAAGUCUUAGGCAAUAAAGCCAUGUAGAAUAUUUCUAAUUUUAGUCAAAUUGAAUUGGUAUAAUCUGCUCAUACACUAUUAGUCACAGAUAAUGACUAGUACUCGUUUUCUUUUCCUAUGCAUGCCGUAGCUCUUUCAUAAAGAUGUAUGUAAAUAGCAAUAGAUUUUUAUGAGACUAACACUUUAUAGACCAUGUUCUGUGUUUUUGUAUGUCCAAGAGUGCAAGUAUUUUAAUGUUUUUUUUUAUGACUUAAGUAUGAUUGAUUUUUUAAAAAUAAUUUCUGUAACUUUGUGUGAACAUAAUUUAUAAAUUUUAAUGACAUCUUUUUUCUGUAUUAUUCACUUCUGUAGAAAUGUCACAGCAAUCAUAUCAUUGUAUAUUUUUUGUAGAAAAUCUAUUUAUGUAUUGUAAACAGCAUAAAGUUUUGAAAAAUCUUCUCACCGUCAUUUAAUCCUAACAGGAGGGGGGGGGGGUGAAUCAUGCAACAAUAACUGCAUUUUGACAGUGAGGAAAAUAGAAUGGCAGAUAUAUAUAUGUAUACAUGUAUUUUGUAAAGGAAGAAGAAUAUUUUCACUUUUCAUCAUGACAUACUACAGGGGUGUGAGUGGUCACAAAGAAAAAACAUCUGAAAAGAGCUGAAGAAUAUUUAAAAAAAUCUGAAAUAGAAAGAGCUCCCAUACUUUUUGUAAAGAGAAAAGCCAAAAAUAAGCUUAAAUUAAGGUGAAAAAAAAAAAAAAAAAACUCUCACACCCCUGAUACUAGUAAAACACAUUCGACUUCUAUAAUAUAUGUACAUACUUUAUUUUCAAUAUUGUUGGGACUGUAUAUUUGUGUUAAUUGUGUAACAAAAAAAAAAAAAAGAUCCAAAGAAAGCAAGUUUAUUGCAAUACAGCCAGAUUAAAAAAAAAACCUUGAUUUGUAUAUAAGUCAAAGGGAUUGUGCAUUCACAAGAGACAAACAGGUUGGAAUAUUUUGUAUAAGGAUCAAAGCAUUAGAAUGAUGAUUGGCUGUAAUACAUGCACAUGUACAGUUCAUGUACGAAAGUAUUUUGUAUCCAGUUACAUCAAACAAGUAAAAAUGUAGACUACAAAAUAAACAUGUAUUUUUCAUUGGAAAAUACUAUUACUAUGACUAUGAUUUGAUGUAAGAUCAGGCUUCUGGAAAAUGUACAUGCAUAUACUCAAUAAACUUUUAGUACAAAGGAAA